AUGAUAGACCAUUUUGACAAGAAGAGUAAAUUCGAACCAAAAUAUACGAAGAAGAGACGUAGAAGAAUUAUAAGGGUUUCAUGGUCUCAUGAGAUGAAAGAAGAAGUCUGCUGGUUCUUGGGAAGGUUAUCAACAUCAUUCAAUGGCCUUGAUGUCAAAAAGGAAAAAAAAAUGUUCAGUGAAAGCUCAGCACAAACGAUUACUUCACUAAAAUAUUUUUUUAUUAAUUAUCAUCCCGUACACAAUACAAAUGAUAUCCACAUGUUGACUGAUCUGUUUGAUGUAUCAAAGAUAACUAAACAUUAUUCUGUAAAUGCUCAGCAUUUAGAGUUUCCCGACUUCAUUCGACAAAUUCAAACUCGAAACUGA